GGCUGACUGCGUAACGCUUCAUUCGUUGACAAUACGGAUAGACCGUUCACAUGUAGAACUAUAUCCUGCAGCAAAAUAAAUAAUCGAAUGUAUUCCUUGGCGCAGAUAAAACAUUCGUAACUAACUGCCUUAAAAAUUUCGAAUAUACAUUUCAAAUGAAAAACUGGGAUGUUAAAAUUUGAUGAACACUUCAAAUUUGGUGAAUAUUUUACCAAUUGCUCGAAAUUUUUGUGUCAGUACAAAUGGAUUUUUGAGCACUCCAACACCAAAUUUGUGCAAGCCGGCAUUUUAGACCAACUUCCAAAAUCGUGGAUCCGCGACUUGAAGUCGGCAACAACGAAAGAAUUAAACCUUAUACCUUCAGGAUACGUCAAUGAGAAUUGGAGUAGUGAUUUCAAGUUAUUUCUCAGCACUGUGGCCUCACUCGUUGUUUCAUAUGACGAAGUUGAUUAUUCGACAGCCAAGCAACCUCUUCUAAAAGGACUGAGUCCUAAAAAACAGUAUGAAAUAGAAAACUUGACUGUAGUUAUAGAAGAAAUGUGCUGUGAAUCCGAAAUUCUUCUUGAUUUUGGUUCUGGGUUAGGUUACUUGAGUCAAAAUCUACACCUAAAGAAAAAAUUCACAGUUCUUGGAAUCGAUGGAGAUUCGUUUCGAGUUGGUGCUAGCCAGAAGCGACAAUCAAAGUUAUUUACAAAUUCAACCGAUAACGUAAAAUUCGUUCAUCAUUUCAUAGAUGAAAAUUCGUUUGAAUACCUGAAUGCAACAGUGUCAUUGUUGUUUCCACAACAGUCGGACACUAAAUUCAUGAUCGUAGGUCUUCAUGCUUGCGCAGAUUUGUCUCCCACAGCAAUAAAAAUGUUCCUAUCAAACGAAUCAAUAACCAAAAUAGCAAUAAUGCCAUGCUGCUAUCACAAACUGAGGGUUUCCGGUGACAGUUGCAAUAUUUUCGAAAAUAUACCUUUAAGCAACCAGCUUCGUAGAAGUUUAGAGAAGGAUAAGAACUUCCUUUGUAGACCUUUCCUGCGAUUGGGUUGCCAGCAGACGUCUGCCAGAUGGAAACUGUUAACUCAAGACCAACACGAUUCUCAUGGAAAAGCCAUGUUUGAACGUAGCCUAGUGGAAGCGGUGCUAGACGAAGGACAAUUUGUAACAGCCAAGAAAAUACGUUCAACUCAAUUUACGGAAAAUGCGUAUACUAACUAUUAUCUUCGACACAAUUCCAAUCCCACAAGCAAUUGCCCGUGGACCGACCAUCACAUUAAACGCUAUAACGAACUUUUGACUCAAAACCCCGCGGGUGCUCAAUUUGCAGAAUAUUUGACGUGCCUUCAAACGUGUUUACAGCCCCUAUGUGAGAAUAUUAUUCUCUUGGAUCGACUUUGCUACAUUCAUGAAGAAGCAAGCAAACAGCACAUCUUAAUGCGCAUAAGCAUGGUGAAGCUGUCGGAUGAUAAACUUUCACCCCGCUGUUUUAUUAUUAAGGCCGAAAAAGAAUACGAUAGUAAAUCAUAAUUUUCUUGCGGUCAAUAAACCAUACGACCGCAGUCCUUAAAAAAAAUGUUCUGGCGAACAAUGGACAAUGGAGUACUAAUUUUUUAAAAACAGAAAUGAAAACGAUUUUCUUUCGUUUACUGUUAUGUCUAGCUCUCAGGAACACGGUAAUAUCCGGAGAAAAUGUUAAAAGAUAAACAAAGAACUAUUUUAUAAAAAAGAAGUGAUUUCUUUUUUCACCCUUGAUCUGGUAUUUUCGCCAACAUCGUCAGUCUUGCGUCCUUUUUGUUUACGGAGAUAGAUACCUCACCCAUUCGAUGUAGGAAUGUUCACGAGAUCUGUUGCAAGAUGCCGCCAAGAAUAAUCGAUUUGAUUAAUCGAUCUUCAGAAAAUCUAAUUAAAACCUUUUUAAAUUCUGAAAUCAUUCCACCAGAAACUUACAUACCUUCACAUUACAAGACGAAAACAAUAACAGCUAAUUUCUGGACAA